AUGCAAAUACGAAAUGGCUUUAAAAAAUACGCGCAUAAUUUACAUAGCAUAGUUCGCUACAUUGAUAAUAUGAAGGAUAAAUUUGAAAACACAAUAGAAAAGCCAAUUACGUGGCUUAAUAAUAACGAAGAGGCGGAGAAAGAUAAAUAUGAUAAUAGAAAAAAAUUACUCGAAGAGAUUGUCUAA